AUGGCCACUACUUCUCAGGAAUCUCGGCUUCUUGACCGAGUGAUUGAGGCACACGGCGGAUUGGACCGAUGGAAUCGUGUCAAGUCCAUUGAUGUGACCUUCAACUUUUCCGGUGCUUUUCUCGAAUUAAAGGGUUAUCCCGGUCACCAUCAACCAACCAUUACUGUUGACAUCGAGAAGCUUAAAAGUGUCAUUCAAGGACUUCCAGGCACCACCCCUGACAACAGAGGGUAUUUCGACGACGAUAGGACGUGGCUAGAGGCAAGAGAUGGCUCGAUCAUAAAAGAAUACAAGAAAACUCGCUCCUCUUUCAAAGACCACGUCCGUACCACUCAAUGGGACGAUCUACAACUCACAUACUUCAUUAGCUACGCGAUGUGUAACUACUUGUCCAUCCCGUUUCUCUUUAUUCGCCCCGAUUUUACAAGUCGUGAGCUGGAACCGCAUACGGAGGGCGGGGAGAACUGGCGCGUUUUGGAAGUAACAUAUCCGGAUGGGUUUCCGACUCACACGAAAGUUCAGAAGUUUUAUUUUGAUGACAAAUAUUUUCUCUUGAGGAGGAUGGAUUAUGUCACAGAUGUUGCGAAAGGAGUGGCGGCUCAUUAUUGUUGGGAUCACAAGAAUAUCGAUGGCCUGAUUUUUCCGACACUGAGGCGGAUUGUCCGAAGAAAUGGAGACGAUGCCGCACUCAACGGGCCGUCAGGGUUUUUGAUCGAUUAUACCAAUGUAGUUAUCCAUGAUAAGUCAGCUUAA